AUGGCGGACCCGGAGCUUGAGUGGGGUCUUGUAUUCAACGCCGACGGGAGCAUCAACAUUCUACGAUCACCUUGCUUCGACGUAGGAUUUGAAGACGAGACCACCGUGGAAGAGUACUUGGAGAGAGUCGUCCCGAUCCUUACAAGCAUCUACGAUCAUCAACUUUCAAAGCACACUUGGAGCCUCGAAGGCCACCUACGUCAUCCCUCCCCACCGGCCACUUUUCCUCCGACGAGGAAAAUGCUAAACUUCUUCUUGCUAUUUUAUCUGGUGCCGAGAACUUGCAUCAUGGUCCAUUUGAAGGCUUUCUAUUUACAUUCACGUUUUUUUCCUUUUUAUUCUUUACAGAAAUCAAUGUUGUUGCGGCAAACUUCUUGGCAGAAUAAUGUCAGAAUGAGUCAUCUGGUUGAGCAAAUACGUAGCUCUCUUUCGAGUAUCAAAGCACUCAGCGAAAUGUUAUCUCUUCAUGUGAAGAGAAGUGAGAUUGCUUUUGACAUUGUUGAAGAUAUACUCGUUCAAGGUGAUAGCAUGAAAGAUGCAAUACAACAACUUCAGGACGCUGUCCAUCUCACAAAGGUAAUUUGCUUCUACCAUUCUUACCUUUAG